AAAGAGUACGUCAUAAAAACAACCCGUGUUACCCGGAUGUUGAUGUAGGCCCGGGCAGUCAGAGAGCACCUCGUCCCAAGAUGGCAUCGCAACAACAAAUGAACCAGCCCGGUGCAGCUCAAGCCCAGGCUGGGAUGCAGGCGGCCACGCUGCAGCAACAGCAGCAGCAGCAGCAACAACAACAGCAGCAGCAGCAGCUGAGUCAACAGCAAGAUUUUGACCCUGUUCACCGAUUCAAAAUGCUCAUACCGCAGCUGAAAGAAAGUCUCCAGAACGUCAUGAAGAUUGCCUCGUUGAAUUUAGGACAUAAUACAGCGAUUGACAAUGGCGUCAAAAGCAGUGAUGCUGCUGUGCAGAGAUUUGACAAGAGUCUGGAAGAGUUUUAUGCACUGUGUGACCAGCUCGAACUCUGUCUGCGGCUGGCAUACGAAUGUCUCUCUCAGAGCAUCGACAGCGCAAAGCACUCUCCGAACCUGGUCCCCACGGCCACCAAGCCAGACACGGUGCAGACCGAGAGCCUGUCAUACUCGCAGUACCUCAGCAUGAUUAAAUCCCAGAUCUCCUGCGCCAAGGACAUCCACAACGCGCUCCUCGAGUGCUCCAAGAAGAUUGCCGGCAAGGGCCAGCCGCAGGGCAUCCUGUGAAAGCCAAGGACAAUACGCCC